AAGGACAGAGGGGAGAAGCCCCAAGGGGAAGUGGUAACCGGGGGGACAAGCAGGAAGGCAGCAGAGAUCACCACGUCCCCCCAGGAGACCCCCCAGGCAUGAAAUUUGUAACUUGGCCUGGAGUCGUCAGGAACCUACAGAAAGACUGCUGAGAGCAAAGGCUAUGGGCACCCCCAGGAGCUGUUCUGCUACAGGGCAAGUCAGUUGAGUUCACCCAUGCCUUGGCAGAUCCCAGAACAGGUCUUGGGUGCCUAAUGACUCCUCCAUGCAUCUCAUUCUGGAAACGACGGCGAGGCCAUGCAGCAUCCGGCUGGGCCACGCAGCUCCUCUCCGCUCUAAAGAAGGGCAUCUGAGCUACAGUUUGGCAGCAGCGAGCACGGGUUUCCUAUCUGAAGCGGAACUGUUGUACAGAAACAUCAGCAUGUUUUGCAGUCCACACAGUAGGUGGACUGGAGGGCAGACACUCAUACACCUUUAAACUGUGAUAAGGAGCAUAUUAUUACCCCGCUGGUGGCCUAGUCAGAUAAGUUGUUUGUGGAGGACAGUCUGCGUUUCUUUCAAGCUCUCAUUCUGCUGAACCAGUAAGAGAUUACAUUCCCAAGGAAAUCAGCCGCUUCUUAUUUGAAACUGCAAAGAGCGAUGGAUAGCUUAGGGAGAGACCACGAUUAUUCCGACACUUCUCUGCCUUCCUCCACAGCCCACGAGGAGAACGCUGAGCCAGGUUCCACCAUGUUGCGCCGCUUGAGAGACCGGGAGCUGCUCCGGAAGAGAAAGGCAGAAGCCGAGGAGAAGGAUUCAAUUCAGUGGGCUCUGGGGGAGCACGAGAGAAGCAAACGGCAGAGGAGAAGCCACGGUGCCAGGCGAGGAAAGGGCCGUGCGCAUGUCAUGGAGCCCGCACCACAGCCAAAACCACAGCCAAACCCUCAGCCCCCGAAGAAGGAGGAAGCUGAGAUGGUGUCCUCCACGGCGAUGCAGCAGGCCGAGUCUUCCCAGAUAGACAUGCAGGACCUGUUUGCUGGUGUGCAGCUGGCAGAUCUGGAAGGGAUACUGGCCUCGGGGAGCCAGAGUCCCCUGGGUGAAGAGGAUAUGCUGAAGCUGGCAGAUGAAAUACAAGAGGUACUGAAUACUUCGCUAGAAAGGAACGAAUCAGAUAAUGACAUGUAUUCAUCAAGCCUAUUUUGAAGUUUUAUUUAAAUAUAUAUAUAUAUAUUCUUCCAGUUUUUAUGACUAAGAAAUACUGAAAACCCUUGCGGAGAGACUUAA